AUGUCUUUACCCACAUCAGUAGUUCCAUUAGAAUCGAAUCCCGAGGUUUUUACAAAAUUUGCACACAGUCUGGGAUUAUCAGAAAGCUACGCAUUUCACGAUAUAUACUCGUUAACCGAUCCUGAUUUGUUAGCAUUUCUGUCACGUCCCAUGAAAGCAAUUAUUAUGCUGUUUCCUUUAAACUCCUUUUUCGAGAGCUCUAAAAACGAAGAGGACCUCCCAACAAGCGCUGCAACAGCCCCUACAUGGUUUAAACAGAACGUUAGGAACGCAUGCGGACUCUAUGCUCUCCUUCAUUCCCUUUCAAAUAACACAAAUCUUUUGAAGGACGACUCUAAAUUGAUCCAGUUCUUGCAAUCAAAUCCGAGAUCCAAUUGCCAAUAUGCAGACGAUGCUACAGAUAAUUUCAUUGUAUCAGUUAAUGAACUGUAUAACGAAAACUCCUCUCAGGGUCAAACAGAAGCUCCUGAAGCCGACGCUGAAGUGAACCUGCAUUUCAUUACAUUUGUCGAGCACGAGGGAAAUGUAUUUGAGCUGGAUGGCCGGCGACCAACAGGUGCCAAGCUCCUAGGCCCAUCUAGUUCAAUUGAUUUACUAGAGGAACCUAUUGUGAAAAAGAGAUUUCUAUGGUAUACCAACAAUUCUGACGACGAAAUGAAAUUAAACUUCUCUUUGUUGGGACUGGCUCCCUCAUGGGAUUAA